AGAGUUCUGGCGGUUCUGGUGGUUCUGGCGGCACCGUCGACCCGGUCGGACGGGAGAGUUGGAACAGCCAGCAGUCUCCUGCCGCGCGUCGGGAUGAACGGUCGCGUCGUCAGAGCACAGCCUCGCCGAGAUGUUAAUGGAGCCAGACGUACCUCGUAGGUGUCACUGAUCCGUCGGUUGUGGGAAUGAUAAAUUAUCGCGGCGAUUAGCGCCGGCCUGGAGUUGAUGAUCGGGCGACUGUGCCUCGCGAAUCAUGAGAAUACCCUCGUCGAGGAGAUUUGCUGAAUCGCCCGCGGUGAGAAGGGCCGACGAGGACGAAUGACAACUUUGAACCACCCUGGUUUUUGGAAGGCUUAGAGGAGAGGGAACUCGCCCCGAGAUCACGGGAUUAAUGCUGUCGACUUCGAAUCUUCGGAGUACAGGGAAAGUUGGCAAGGAUUUCGAGUCUUGAUUCGGGUAUCCGUUAUCUACGGAUAACAUUCGCUGCUGAGAGAAAAUGUUCGGUUUUGUGGCAUACGGAUCGUUAUUUCUAUUACUCGGUCAUACCGGGCUUCUUUGCUUUCGCGAUCUACAGCAGCGACUCUGGCAUUGACGCGGAACGUAUUUUCUAAUCCGAAGUGAACUACUCGGGCCGGAUUCGAAGCUUAGGAUAGUGCGAUUCUUAACCAAUUUCCUUUUUCAAAGUUAUGUUUCGAUUUGCUCUCAUCAACGGAAGACAAUCGAGCACCGGCUGACACGGUGCGCGACUCGUGUUCGAAAUGCGGGAAAUUGUGAUGAAAAUGAUGCUUUUUUGGGUGAUCAGGAUAUUGGUUAGCUACAACACGGCCGUGUGCUUCGCGUUGUUCGUCGGCGAGGCCGCCGCGGAGCCUCUUAGAUAUGCUGCGCCGGAGGACUGUGCAUGGCACUCGCAUAAUUCGGAGGACGAAGUUUCGCUGACCUGUUCGCUUCGCUCGAUAAACAGUGAGUUUGACACGACGAACUUUAGCCUGAUACCGAGCGAACAUACCGCCGUGCUGAAAAUAGAAUGCGACACCAGUAUUCAGACGAAAAGCUCACUUAGCGAGGACAGCUUUGCCCACCUUCACAAACUCCGCGAGCUUCACUUGGACGGAUGCAAACUUGCCAACUGGCCCGCGGGCGCUCUUAACGGUCUGAGAAAUUUGCGGAACCUCGCCAUCAGGACGCGGAACAACGAUUAUCCUGCCUUUAGCUUGGAACUAUUCCCGGACGCGUUCGCCGUCACGCCUCAUAUAGAAAAAUUGGACCUAGCCUCAAACAACAUAUGGUCCUUUCCGGACCGUCUGUUUUGCCCCCUGUCGGCGUUGGUAUAUUUGAAUGUGUCUGGCAACAGAUUACAGGAUGUCACGGAGCUCAAUUUUCGGGAGACCAGCGAACCCCAGCCGCAAUCAUUGGUCGCCGACUCCGAGGAACCGCCGACGAGUUCGACCUCGUGUUCCCUGGACAUUCAAAUCCUUGACGUUUCCUCGAACCACCUCAUCGUGCUUCCUUCGAAAGGAUUUUCCACUCUGAGACGGUUGAAGGAAUUGCGCCUCGCGAGGAACGAGAUCAAUAUGGUCGACGACAAGGCGCUAUUCGGUCUUCGGAGCCUUGAGAUAUUUGAUCUGUCAGACAACAGGGUUGUCGCCCUGCCCGCCGAGUUGUUCAGAGACACGGCCAACACUAUCAAGGAAAUCCACUUGCAGAAUAAUUCACUGAGUGUUCUCGCGCCCGGUUUGUUUGCCGACUUAAAACAGCUCGUCGCGUUAUACUUGUCCAGGAAUUCACUGACCAGUGCUUGGUUCAGCUCGACCACGUUUUCGGGUCUGAUUAGAUUGGUUCUGCUGGAUUUGUCGAGGAACAAAAUAGCCACGCUGGACCCGGCGCUCUUCAAGGAUCUGUACACCGUCCAGAUUUUGAAUUUGCAAAAUAACAAGCUCGAAACCAUACCUGCGGACACGUUUUCGCCGAUGAGUAACCUGCACACUCUCGUGCUGAAAAAUAAUCGCCUGACUUACCUGGAUGCCUACUCAUUGAACGGACUAUUCGCGCUGUCUUUGCUGGCUCUUGACUCGAAUCACAUCGAAGGGAUACAUCCGGACGCAUUUCGAAACUGUUCCAGUCUCCGCGACCUAAAUUUGUCGGGUAAUAACUUGGACAGCAUACCGGCAGCUCUGAAGGACAUGCGGAUGCUGCGAACGAUAGAUCUGGGCGAAAAUCAGAUAAAAAGACUGGUUGAUCCGGGGUUUAAGGGUAUGUCUAGUUUGUACGGAUUGAGAUUAAUUGGAAACGAAAUAGCGAACGUCACGAAAGCAGCUUUCGCCGAGAUGCCGGCCUUGCAAAUAUUGAACCUCGCUAGGAAUAAAAUCGAGAGAGUGGAGAGCGGUGCUUUCGGGGAGAGUCCAGCGCUUCAGGCUGUUCGUCUAGACGCGAACUUCAUUCGGGACAUGAGCGGUAUAUUCAUGAACGCUCCGGGUCUGCUGUGGCUGAACAUGUCCGACAACGCAAUCGAGCACUUCGAUUACACCCUGCUUCCGCGGGAGUUGCAGUGGCUCGAUAUGCACAAGAACAAAAUUUCCGACCUGGGCGUCGCCCCGCCGGGACUCCGGAUCCAAACCCUGGACGCAUCCUUUAAUCGAAUAACCAAGAUUCCGGCCAAUUCUUUGCCCGAAUCUAUAGAGCUACUCUUCCUCAAUGACAAUCUCAUCCACAGUGUUGAACCGCACACGUUCGUGGCUAAGGUGAACCUCACCAGGGUCGAUUUGUAUGCAAACCAGAUCGUGAGCAUGGAACUGUCGGCGCUGCAACUCGCCCCGGUGCCACCCGAUAGAGCUUUGCCAGAGUUUUACGUUGGCGGAAAUCCUUUCCAGUGUGACUGCACCAUGGAGUGGCUGCAGAGGAUAAACGCGUUAACUUUACGCCAGCAUCCGAAAGUUAUGGAUUUGGCAUCGGUGUACUGCCGGCUUCCUUACGAUAGGCGAAAGUCGUUCGCACCGCUUCUCGAAGCAUCGCCGUCUCAGUUUCUCUGCACCUACAAAACGCACUGUUUCGCUCUCUGCCACUGCUGCGACUUCGACGCCUGCGACUGCGAGAUGACUUGUCCUACGAAUUGUACCUGCUACCACGACCAAUCGUGGUCGGCGAACGUCGUCGACUGUUCGCGGUCCGGCUACACCAACUUGCCAGGACGUCUGCCCAUGGACGCUACCGAGGUCUACUUGGACGGCAACGAGUUCGGAGAGCUGACGUCGCACGCCUUCAUUGGACGAAAGAACUUGCAGGUUCUCUACGCCAAUAACAGCAACAUCGUGUCCAUUCACAACCACACGUUCAGCGGACUGAAGCGGCUGGUUGUGCUUCAUCUUGAAAAUAACAAGAUAAUCACGCUGAGAGGAUUGGAGCUGGCCGCUCUGGCCGGCCUCAAGGAACUGUACUUACAAAACAACCUCCUGGUUCAUAUCGAUAACGGGACUUUCCUCCCGCUGAGAGAACUGGAGGUUCUGCGGCUGGAGAACAAUCGGCUAACGACAUUCGCAGUCUGGCAGCUAGCCCAGAACCCUUACCUGGUGGACAUCGGGCUCGUUAAUAAUCCCUGGAGCUGCGAGUGCGGGUAUUUAGGCCGCUUCAGGGAAUGGGUCUCCGUUCAUAAGGCCAAGAUUACCGAUCUAGCCCGCGUCUCUUGCGCGCUGGGGUCGCCCCUUGGUAUUCACGGAAACUCUUCGGUGAUAAAUUGCGCCGCGUUGUCCGGUGCUACUCCCGCCAUUGAGACACGCCCUCUCGAGGGCUACCUUCCUCUUCUGCUGGCGUCCGCGGCGUUAUUCUUCGCGCUGAUCGGACUCGUCUGCGGAGCCCUGAGACACAGGCAGACCCUCAGAGCCUGGGCUGCGGGCAGAUGCGGCCUGAGAGCCUGCUACAAGACCGCCGCCUUCGAGGAGAGCGACAGACCCUUCGACGCGUAUAUCUCGUACUCGGCGAAGGACGAGGCGUUCGUAUCGAGGUCCCUUGCCCCCGGCCUCGAAAUGUCCUACAGACUCUGUCUCCACUACCGCGACCUCGGCUCAGGUUCGAGUGUCGCCGAUGCCGUAAACGAGGCGGCCGACUCCUCGCGACGAACCAUCCUCGUUCUGUCGAGAAACUUCAUCCAUGGCGAAUGGGCGAGAUUUGAGUUUAAAGCAGCGCUCAGAAGCAUCCUCAGGGACAAAGGACGCUCGGUUAUCUUUCUACUGGUUGGUGGUGUUAGUCCCCAGGAUCUCGACUCGGAUUUGCGGAAGCGAAUUGCCUCCCACACGGUCGUCGCCUGGGGCGAGAAACUCUUCUGGCAAAAGCUCAGAUUCGCAAUGCCUGAUCCACCCGCCUCACUGGUUACCUUAGACAGGGGACUUCCUCCGCCGCCGCUCCCUCCGCCGCCGCAUCACCUGUGGGCGUAGCGGAUGUUUCAGUGCAGCCGAGAACUCUGGCCGUUGGAACGAUUGGAGCUGAGCUGCAGCUAUCACAUGAUCCGCCGGGAUAUCCUGAAUCCGAAUAUAUCCUCGGACGAGUACGAAGACCUCGGCAAAGAAUCGCCCUGUGCAAGGUUCUGCGAAAGUGGAUAUUGAAAUUGGCCCCUAUUCUCAUAUCCGGGGGUCAUUCGGGGACCGAGCAAAUCAGCCCGAGCCUCAAAUUCUGCAGCGAAUAAAAAGACAUGACUGAGGAAGCUGAGGAUUCGUAUCGAAUAAUGAUAUAACAUAUUGACGCGAAUGUUCGUGUUAUUGUAAAAAGAGAAAGACGCAAAUGAACUUCUUGAUAUAGAUACUGAACGAGCUGCUUGUAGUUGGAGUUAUUCAAUUAAUAACAGUAGCUUAAUCGAUCCAUGUAAAUAAUACAUUACGUACCACCAAGGGUACGUACAUUUAUACGUAACUAACAAAAAUUGUCAAAUUUCUACGUCUCGCUUGUUGUUAAUUGAUAUUUAUUCUAAUUGACGACAAGUCCAAAUGUAAUAAAUAUCAUCUCUGUACAGCUUCAUGUCUGGACUGUUUGAGCUCGCGGAGCUUGCUGUUUGCGAGUAAAUAUUCAUCCCAACCUUUGCAGUGAAAUAUUUUAGAAAUACGGUAUGAGAUUACGGCUUGUACCUUCUUUAUUAUUGUGGGUUUUUGUUCGAUCACUGUUCACUGGAUUAUGUUUAAUCAUAUUUGAAUGACCAGAUCGAACCGCAAUAGCUAUUUCAGGGUGAACACAAGUAAAAGGGUAUUCUAAUUAAUCACUGAACUGAAAACUUCUCUCAAAUUCAAUUUGUCUCGUAUAUUGAAGUAUUGUCGCUUGAAUAUAGGAAUAAUUUAGGUAUGAUUUCAUUUUUGGCAAAAGCGGAUAAAAGUAAUUUACGAUUUCGUUCGUGAAAUUUAUCGGUACAGGUUACCACUGGGUCACUCUUAAUGGUAUGCGCAGUGCUUUGUGGUGUACAGUAAAUACUGCAAACGCAUUUACCGUCAGUGGUUGAACAGUUCCAGUAGUUUCGUGAUUUUGGCACGGCUAAUUUAAAUCCCAUUUGGAAUAUCUGACGUUCAACGUUUUACAAUUAUUUAUGAUUUAAAGGCGCGCAGUUAUCUAAAUUUGACCUAUAUCUCAAAUUACACUAGCAGCACUACUCGCAAUCACGUCUACAAAACAUCUAUCUGAUAGAAACACGAAACUCCCAAUCAGAUUGCAAUCUAGUGACAGAAUUACGGUAGAUCUUGAUUGUCAAACUACAUAGCACAAUGCCAUUCCGUAUCACGCUGAUUGGACAUUCAUGCAAAAGGUCAUGCUAAUCAAUUAGGAAUUUUACCGAAAAGGAUGCUAUUUUCGUUAUUUUCAAUUCUGUGGUAUCUGUUAUCAAUCAUCGGAACAAUCAGUUGUAGUCGAUGAUAUUGCGUUGAAUACUUUCUAAUCAUUAUUUUUUACAUAUUCCGUAAUUGUAAGACAUCGAUUUGGUGCAAGACGUGAACCUCUUUUCAAAAAUAUUGAGCACUCAACUGACUUCAACAGUUAAAGUUACUGCAGUCGGGCAACUUCGAAUUACAAUUCUAAGUUGAAACGAUCUCUUUUGUCUAUCUUUCAAUAUCACGAAAACUACUCCGUGACUAGUAUAUAUACUAUUUUAGCGGUGCGGUAUAAAGAGAUAUUUUGAUAAUAAAUUUUAUAUAUCUGUUGUCAAGUCAGUGAAAUUCUUGAGAUACGUCUAGCGAAGAAAAAAAAAAGUGAAAAUCAGUUCGAUUCCGGUAAUCAGACAUGUUAUUUGACAUUAGUGAUAUUUACACGUACUGAUAUAGUUUGCUGAUAAGAGUAAAUAGAUUAGAGAGUGUCAAACACGCAUAAUGAUUUAAUACCCCGGUAAAACUUAUUCACUUUGGAAUACUCCGAUCAAAUGAAGACUACGUAUUAUUCAAUACUAUAAGAUGUAAUAUAAUUAUAGUGUAAAAAAGACAAUGUACAUAUUAUAUUAUACCUACCCCGAACACUAUCAGCUUUCAGUAUCCAGAAUGAUCGACGAUAGAGGUAGAUAAAGAAAAUUUGAGCCAGACUCCAACGAUUCGAAAAAUGAUAUUUUGUAGAUGUUAGACGCAACCCGUAAAGAAUAUUAGUGAUAAUUUUGAAAUGUUAACCUUGACAUAAUAGUUUUUAUAUUCAACUUAUAGGCAUAAAAUACGAUGAUAUCUUGACAAGUGUGUAAUUUAUCGAUGAAUGAAUGAAAUACUCACCCACAAUACUCAGUGCCUGCUUAUUUACGUCUAAUAGAAAUUCAAUUUGUCUUAUGAUCGACGAUGGAUAUUCACGAAACUUCGAAAGACAACGAUAACACUGCUUCAUUCAUAUCACAGUGAUAACACCUUGCUGUUAAAUUUACCGUUGAAAAAUUCGAGGCCUCGCGCAGUUAGACGACAAUUGUUGCUUCUUCGUUUACAUACAGACGUAAAAUAUUCAAGUGGAAAUAAAUACCAUAAUGUGUACACGAUUACAGUAAAGCGUGAGCCGUAGUUUCCCCAUAUGUAGUUUGAUAUUCGAUUCUGCAAUCCCCGCACUUACGUCUAAACAGCCGCGUUACACGUUUUCCGAUUUAUCGACAAGAUAACAAAUAUAUGCGCGAUCUCGUCUUCUGGCUGUAUAGCGGUGGGCGAUACGGUGUACUUGAAUUAUAAGAUUAAAGGGAUGAAAAACGAGCUUCUAUAUUUUCCGUGCAAUGUAAUUAAAAAAUGGUUAAAGGUUUAUAGGAAGGAUGGAGUAAAAACAAAGCGAAUAUAAAUGAUGUUUGUAAAUAUUUGUUGUCAUGCAUAAAACUUAUUAGUUAUACGGGGUGAUCGGAAAAAGAUGGCUGGUUUGAUUUUCGGGAAAAUUUUGGCCGAUUCAAACCAUUGUAACACAGUAACGUCGUUUACGUCAUUCGCUUAUUUUUAUAGCCUGUACGGUGAGCUAUGAUGAAUUUAAACGUAAGCCUGAUUCUCGUUCACCCGGUAUAACAAAAGCGUAUGAUUAUAAAACUUUUAUUGUUCUCACUGCUCUUUAACGUCUCAAAUAUUUAAUUACUGCUAUAAGCUAUAGUAGUACAUAUAUGUAUAGAAAAUGUUAUCAUGCAAAUUAGUAAUCCUAUCACGUAAGAACCAAAGAAAAAAAAUUGUCUUUGUAUAUUUAAUCUGAACGCAAUGUGUAUAUAAUAGAGUAAAUAAGAUCUGACAUAAAUUUCAAAAAAUUCCCAGUGUGCGAUUUCAACACAUUUUUCAAAGCUCCGCUGGGAAAACGUUUUUUUUUCACUCCUCACAUCUGCGUUCGUUGCAACUUACCGCUUCAAUCACUUUAAUGUUGUUACCGUUCACGUGGCUUUUUUCAACAUCGAAAUUGUACAUAUAUAACGUAAUACGCGUUGUACUAUUAUCAUUAUUAUCAUUAUUAAUAUUAGGACUUGUACCGACUGAAUACUCAUCGAUGUAUCCAUUAAUCUGUAACGGUGUGUAUGUACGUAUGAAAAAAGAAGAAGAAACGUCAGAGUUCAUAGAAUUGAGAAGUCAUGAACUUCAAUCACACUUUUCUUUCUUACAAAACCGUCACGACGUUGUGCACUAAGCAACUGAUUUAAGAUGCACACGCAUCGUUGUAUCUCACAGGAAGCAAUUACAUGAAAAUCAAUUCCUAUUGCGUGAAUAAUUUAGCCUUGCUCAUUUAGUCGACCCGUAUUAAUAUUGUAUUGUAAAGUAAUGUAACACGAUUCACGACAAAUAAUAAAGAUUUCUAGUUAUUACUUGAUUUCUAA